AUGGAGGUUAGGGUCUCGACAGGCAUGCAAGGGAGAAUUUUCUUGCAGAAUCUCAACAUUCGAAUAAAAGAAACGGAAACAAUUAUAGGCAGAUGGAUUAAAUGGCAGCCUCCAACUUCGCCUCAAGUAAAGCUCAACGUUGAUGGUUCAAGGAAAGGAGAUUAUUGCUCAGGUGGGGGUCUGAUUCGCGACAGUAAUGGGAAAGCGAUACGAGGUUUUUCUAAUUUCUACGGAAAAGGGUCGCUUAUAUUUGCAGAAGCUCAAGCUAUUAUUGAUGGUCUAACACUUUGUUGGGAGAUGGGUUUCGAGCAAAUCACUCUUGAAUCGGAUUCCAAGCUCGUUGUUGAUAUGAUAUAUAAUAAAGUCUCGAUUGCAUGGGAGAUUCAAUACCUUAUCACUCGAAUUCAUCACCUCCUUAAAGAUACAUGGAUGGGUCGGCACAUUUAUAGAGAGGCGAAUGCUGUUGCUGAUGAAUUAGCUAAGAUGGCAUAUGAGCACAAAGAGAGAAGAUCAUACUCAGUAGCUGAUUUUCCUCGUCAAAUUCGAUCCUCCUUAAUUUUAGAUCGGGCUGGAGUGCCUCGCUUUCGUAAAGGUUCGAGGAUCCCUUGCUGUCAAUGA